AAGCGUCAAGCAGCGCCUUGCCUGGCUUCGGGCAGACGAGCAGCGCCUUGCCAGGCUUCGGGCAGACGAGCAGCGCCUUGUCAGGCUUCGGGCAGACGAGCAGCGCCUUGCCAGGCUUCGGGCAGACGAGCAGCGCCUUGCCAGGCUUCGGGCAGACGAGCAGCGCCUUGUCAGGCUUCGGGCAGACGAGCAGCGCCUUGCCAGGCUUCGGGCAGACGAGCAGCGCCUUGUCAGGCUUCGGGGGCAGCACCGGGUCAGCAUUCGGCGGAGCAGCUGGGCUCGGAUCAGGAGGCAGCCAGGCGUCGUCGAGCGCUGGAGCGAGCUUGA